AUGUCUCACUACCUUUUGGUCACUUUCACGUUCAACUGUCCUGAGAUACGUAUUUUGGGCCCCAUCAAGGAACAAACAAUUGAAAAGCUGAAUGAUGUGAUCCCCAACGCUACCACGACGUCGAGGAGCAACAGAACUGCAUUGCCCAAGUUUGAGUACCUUCCCAACCCCAACCACUGGUACAUUAAGCUUGACAGACAGUUUUGCGACGAGGAUGGAAAGUCCCACCUGAUGGUCCUUUUGUUGGAUGCACUUUCAGAGGAAGGGUCGUGGCGAUUGGUUUCGUCAUUUGUUACGAAGGAACCCAGUGGAACUGGUUCUAAGGAAGGCACAGAAACGCAUACGCUGUUUCUAAAUAAACUUCUUGCUGAGGAUAGCUGA